AUGCCCAUGGCAACCACCCUCGUUAUUCCCAACCCCUUCACCACUAUACUCCCUCGCUCGCGCUUCUCUCACCGGCGGUUCACCUGCUCCUCCGUCACGGCUCAAUCCCGAUCCGCCAAGGAUAACCUCCUCGCCCUCAUAGCCGACCAGGACCGCGGCCUCCGGACGCAGAACGACCCCGCGAAACGCGCAUCGAUUGUCGAAGCCAUCGACGCCGUGGCCGCCGUGGGUGCCGGCUCCGUCACCACCGGCGAUUCCCUGUCGGCGACGUGGCGGCUGCUAUGGACGACGGAGAAGGAGCAGCUCUUCAUUAUCCAGAAGGCGCCCUUGUUUGGAACCCGAACUGGCGACGUGUUGCAGGUCAUAGAUGUUCGGAAUAGGACGCUCAACAACGUCAUCACGUUUCCCCCUGAUGGCGUUUUCUUUGUUCGAUCCAGUAUUGAGGUUGCGUCGCCGCAGAGAGUGAAUUUCAGAUUUACAAGUGCAGUAUUACGUGGAAGAAACUGGGAAAUACCAUUGCCACCAUUUGGACAGGGUUGGUUUGAUACUGUGUACCUCGAUGAUGACCUUCGAGUUGUAAAGGAUAUCAGGGGAGACUAUUUAGUAGUUGACCGAGCUUCCUAUAACUGGAAAGAAUGA